CCCAGGACUCUGCAUUCACUAUAUCUUGUUACUAAACCCAGGUCCCUGCAUUCACUAUAUCUGCCCCCAGACCCCCCCCCCCCCCGGCCCCUGCAUUCACUAUACCUGGUCUCCCAGGACCCUGCAUUCACUAUAUCUGGUCUCCCCAGACCCUGUAUUCCCUAUAUCUGGUCUCCCCCCUGCAUUCACCCUGAAUUCACUAUAUCUGGUCUCUCCGGACCCUGCAUUUUACUAUACCUGGUCUCCCAGGACCCUGCAUUCACUAUAUCUGGUCUCCCUGGACCCUGCAUUCACUAUAUCUGGUCUCCCAGGACCCUGCAUUCACUAUAUCUGGUCUGCCCAGACCCUGCAUUCACUAUAUCUGGUCUCCCCGGACCCUGCAUUCACUAUAUCUGGUCUCCC